ACUACCUAUUAAAAUGUGACGCUAUGUCAUUUUUCAGUAGAAAUUAGAUUGAGAGUUAGGACAUGAAAAAGGAAGAAGCUGGAUAAACCAUUUAUUUCACUGUUUUGGCACAAAACACAAAUAUCUGACAGUAGUUUUCAAGGAAUUAUACCACAUGCUGCCACCAGAUGGCAGUAAUGCCAUGUGUACAAUGGAAAAGUUCAGUUAAUCCUCUUCAUUUCCCAUUAUAGGGUAAAAAUAGAGUCAAAGAUUACCAUGUUUUUGGAGAAAUUUCCACCCAAAUGCAGAAGUGGAAGUAGUAAGAAGUGCCAGUACAACAAUCUUAAAAUAUUCCAGUGUCAGUGACAGUGACAAGGAAGAACUCAGUGAGAGGAGGAAGGUCAGCAGCCGCAUGUCUGAAGGUCAGAGGUCACGGAAGAAACCCUAACAGUGUAUCACUCACAGCUGGCGGGGUUACCUCCAUAACACUUUCAUAACUUCAAGAAGCAGCUAUUUGAUGAUGUAGGCACAAUGUUCCUUUCAGCUAAAUGCUAAUAAUCAAUAUUCCAACAUGCUCACAAUUACAAUGUUAGCAUGCUGAUGUUUGGGUAUAAUGUUGACCAUGUUUGACAUCUUACUGCAUCUUGCUAGCCACGGGCAAUUUCAUAAUAAACAUAAAAUAUAAGUGAGGCUGAUGGGAGUGUCAUUAGUUAAAAUAAACAUAUAUAUUUAUUUAUGUGAUGGUGAACCAGUGGCAUCUAACAAAACCCAACAAAACAGCCCUGGUCCGCCUUUACAUCCCUGUGUUGGUGCUUUGUUUUAUUUUGUUGACUUUAAUAUGAUUUAUCCAGCUUUGUCUCAUGACUGAUGUUGCGUCCUUUGAAACAGGAUCCGAACUCCAUAAUAAAUUUCCCACUCUAAAUUACUUUAACUUGUUAUCAUAGGGGUGAAUGGUCACUUUAUAUAAAUACAUUCAAACAGGCCAACAAACUGGCUGGUUUUAACCUGUUUUAGAGAAAGUCUGUCAGAGACUAGCUGGAAGAGAGAGGGAGUCAUAGUUCAAGAGUGAUGGCCUGAGAUCACCUCUUUCUGACAGUGACCACAAAUACUGUAUACACAAACCCUUUCAUUAAGAAAUUACUGUAAAUAUAAAUGAGUCAGCUUGACACAGAGGACACCCGUGUUUUCUCGAAACUGUAAGAGUGAAAUGAUGUCACCACACAUCCUGGGAAGACUCUUGUAACUGACCCAAGUUACAAUUAGGCUAAUCCUCCUGUUGUUAUGUCAGUGCUGGGAUUAUUUUGUAAAGGCACGAUCUACUUGUGCACAUACGAGAAUGCGACAGGUUCAGUUCAGUCUGUGACACUGUGGCAUGAUGAUUCAAGAAUGUAAAUAGAAUAAUGACAUAAGACACAGUGUCAGGAGGAGAAAUGAGUCCAGAAAGUGCAAAGAAGAUGCGAAGGGAGGAGAGGGCGUGGCCCAAUAGUCCUAAUCCAGAGUGAUCCUGUGAGUCAGAGCCAGAUUAAUCUACCAGUACCUCACUGUCUGCAGGACAGAAGGGACAAAAACACGCUCCAAAAGCCAGCUGCUGGAUCUUUCAGUAUUGUAAUCGCCAAAACGUUUACAUUUCUCCUGUUGCUUCGACUGGAUUAUCAUCGUUAUAACAACAACUUCGACAACAGUUUAACACAUGGCGCUGCUGAGGUCAGGCUGGCUGUGGAGACAGACUUCUGUCCUGAAGCGCUGGAAGUUAAACUGGUGUGACCUCUGGAUAGAUGGGAGUCUUUGCUUCUACAAGACUGACAGCAGGCGAGAGCUGGAGCACCGCGUCAGCCUCAAGACAGCAUGUGUGGAUGUCAGAUCUGGGCUGGAAUGUGGAGAUUUGUCUCCACCGGAGAAUAAUCCGAGGGAGAAUCGCAUCGUGGUCCAGCUCAGAGACGGCUCAUCAGUCAACCUGUGCGCCAACAGCGAGGAUGAGUCCAUAGCGUGGAAGCUGACUCUGCUAGAGACCAGGAGGAACCCGGUGUUCACAUACGAUCCCUACGAUGACUCCUACCAGGAAAUCCCCAUCAACAGAUACCACACAGUCUACAUCACACCUGGAGCAGGACCAGGAACCCACCAGGUGGUCGUUCAGAGGGAUCCGUUUGAUGGAGUGAUGGAGAAUAUCGCACUGGGAUUACUGGCGGGCAUGGCAGCAGGCACAGCCAUGAGAUCCUUCCUCUGGAUGCCCGUCUUCUUCUGCUGAGACGAGCCCCGUUAAUGACUUGAAAACAGACUGCACACAGCCUGUCUGACCACAUGGAUCGUCUGUAGAGAAGCUUUGUUCCUUCAAAAAAUCCUCAUCGUCUGUGUCAUCUCUUUUCAAAUCACGUCUGCUGUAACAAAGAGCAGCUCUUCUGGUUGCGUGGUGCGUGCACUUCUGCGUAUGAGACUUAAGAAGCUGAAACGGAUGCUGUGUAAUGAUGUGUUGUUCCUGCUUGCACAUAUGACACAGUGAAUGUACCCAUGAGCCUUUGCAAAAUGUAAAGGAAUCAAUUUUGUAUCCGAAUGUUCUUUUAUCUGCUGCCUGAAUUUCACACUUUGUACGCUUAACAGUUAUACACAUAUGUGCAGUUUGUAAGUGUAGCUUGUACUUGGAAAUAAAUA